AUGACUGACCGCGAAGGAGACCAGAGCAACGCCUCAGGCUCAAGACCACGCACCUCUCCUUCCACUUCGACAGCCGGUGACAACGUUGCUCGACUCGAGAACGACCUCAUUCCAUCUCCACCAGCUUCCUCACGUGGGAUCCCACAAACGAACGGCGCCCCAGCCAGCUACACCAACGUCGAUGGAUCGGCCCGCGUGUACAGAUUCCCAAACGACUUGCCGCCCCGUUUUGCUCCGUCGAGCGCACAUGCUGAUCCCAACGAGCGAGUGGUCACCGUCCGCGACUUGAGAUCCAAAACAUGCUGGAUCUGUUCCGACGACGAUGAGGAUUCUCUUCCCACUUCGAAUCCAUCCGCGUCUGGAGCAGCGUCCGAAGUGGCGUCCUCCGCUACAUCCACCACGAGACCCAAACGAUUCGUUCAUCCUUGCAACUGCACCCUUGUAGCUCACGAGAGUUGCCUGCUUCGGUGGAUCGAACAGAGCAAGCGAAACCAUCCUCUCGAAGACCAAGUCACUUGUCCGCAGUGUAAAGCUCCCUACGUGCUCGUCAACAACAAGACCACGCUGCUCCGAGUCUUUGACUUUUUCGACAAGCUCCUCAUGCGCGUUGAGCCCAUUGGUGCUGUGGCCAUUCUCGGAGGGUCGGUGCUGGUCGCAUGCACAGCAUAUGGCAGCGUGGCCAUGCGCAUGUUCUUGGGUAAGGAUGCUGCGCGAAGAGCACUAGCUUCUCCCUGGCCAUGGCAUUACUGGAUCGACAUUCCACUCAUUCCGUUUGCUCUGAUCGCUUCGAGGCUGAACAUCUUCGAGAAUGCCAUGACCUGGGUGCCGACACUGGUCGCCUUGCCGCUCACCAACAUGUCCAUGGUCACUGCUUCAGCAGCACAUGGUCGUCUGCUGGAGCGCUACUUUGAAUCCAGCAUCACCAAUGCCCGUGCCUAUCCUCCAGGACCGGCGCUGACCGCGCUCCUUGCUCCAUGGGUGCGCAUCUUCUACCUCGCACUCAAACGCAAAGUGUACCGCGCCGUGCUGCACCCAUUCUACGGCAGCAGGCGAAGCGCCAACUCAACCACAAGGACGACGGGCGCAGGACGCAAUCGACGCAGAGUGAUCAUCGUCGGCGAGCCACACAGCUACUUGGUGGAUGGCGAUGCGGCGCUGGGUGCGGAACCCAUGCCGGACGGUGUCGGUGGCCCUGUAGCUACACAGCGGGGUGGAAACGGCGAUGGAGGGGCAGACGAUGGUGCUACACAGACGGUCUAUGUCACGCAUCACUCGUUCGCUCGUCUGUGUCUGGGUGCGCUCAGUCUGCCGUUCAUCGCCAACCUCAUGGGUCGUCUCCUGGGCCACUUUGCACGCUUCUCGCCGCUGCUCGCGCGCUUUCUGGGCAUGAACCACCUACACUUUUCCACCUCCUCCUCAACGUCGAUCUUGCGAUCUUUCUACACGACCAAGUCCUCGCCCGCUUCUUCCUCAAAGACCACCGCGUCGAGCUUAGCACCUUCGCCAAUCGGUUCGCUCUUCCGCGGCCAGCUGCCACUGCUCGACCCGCCUGAAUCCCCCGGCACAGGCGAGGUGGACAGGAAGGUCGCGCAGCAGCUUACGGCGCUCGGCUACGGCUCGAGAUACGACGAUCUCGACCCCGUGUGGUUCAGAAACGCGGUCGGCGCGGGUCUUUACAUUGUGCUCAAAGAUGCCGGCAGCCUGCUGUAUCGCUACCUAAGGCUGAGUCAGAGGAACAGGACAACGGUCAAGGAUCUGCCGUUUCAGGCGGGAUUGGUGUCCGGGCUGGAUUUGCGCGAUUGA